ACACCAAGUGGCGAAGUCUCAUUUGCUUUGUAUGCUACAUAGUCAAAAAUUCACACUCCAAAAUAAUAUACAGAAACACGCACACACAAAAAAGAUAGGAAAGCAGAGAACAACAAAGAUCAUUUAAUUUGAGCUUCAGAAAGCCAUUGGGUUGGUUGUCUUUGAAAUCAGAUCUAUGAUGAGGCAAAACUGCUUUCUGGGUUAAAGCUUCAAUUUUAGCACAUAUUCAAGUUCCACUGUCGUUCGGUCUUUGAGUCAAUUUCCCAAACAAAUAGAAUACUAAAUCAAGCAUAAUCUAGUUUCCAGACUUCCAUGGCAGAAGAUAAAAUCUAUACUAAAGAUGGGACCGUAAUCGCGGCAGAAGAUGACAUCUAUACGAAAGAUGGAACAGUAGAUUACAAAAAUAAUCCAGCUAAUAAGAAGAAAACAGGCACAUGGAAGGCAUGUCCCUUUAUCCUAGGAAAUGAAUGCUGCGAAAGGUUGGCAUACUAUGGAAUGGGCACCAAUCUGGUGCUUUAUUUCAAGCAUCAUCUGAACCAGGACAGUGCUACGGCUUCUAAGAAUGUCUCGAAUUGGUCUGGAACCUGCUACAUCACACCACUGAUAGGAGCAUUUCUGGCUGAUGCAUACCUAGGAAGAUAUUGGACGAUUGCCUUUUUCUCAAUCAUCUAUGUCAUUGGAAUGACACUGUUGACGUUGUCAGCAUCCAUCCCCGGCAUAAAACCAUCCUGUAACGGUGAUGUUUGUGACCCCACAUUUAGAGAAAGCGCAGUGUGCUUCCUGGCACUCUACCUUAUAGCUCUGGGGACUGGAGGAAUAAAGCCUUGUGUGUCAUCCUUUGGAGCAGAUCAGUUUGACGAUGCUGAUGAGGUUGAGAAAAGACACAAGAGUUCUUUCUUCAACUGGUUCUAUUUUUCAAUAAAUGUUGGAGCACUCAUUGCUUCUUCUCUUCUAGUCUGGAUACAAGAUAAUGUGGGGUGGGGCUGGGGUUUCGGCAUUCCAGCUGUGGCAAUGGCAAUUGCUGUCGUGAGCUUCUUUUCAGGUACUCGUUUGUAUCGGAACCAGAAACCUGGAGGCAGCCCUCUGACACGCAUAGCUCAGGUGGUGGUGGCAUCCUUCAAGAAAUACCGAGUUGAAGUGCCUGCUGACAAGUCUGUUUUGUAUGAGACAACAGAUGCAGAAUCUUCUAUCAAAGGAAGCCGCAAGCUUGAUCAUACAAAAGAUCUUAGUUUCUUUGAUAAAGCAGCAGUGGUAAUACAAUCAGAUCAUAUAAAGGACUCGAUAAACCCAUGGAAACUUUGCUCAGUGACCCAAGUUGAGGAGCUGAAAGCCAUCAUAAGAUUGCUUCCUGUAUGGGCCACCGGUAUCAUCUUUGCCACCGUGUACAGUCAAAUGAGCACCUUAUUUGUGUUGCAAGGGGAGAGAAUGGAUACUCGUGUUGGCAACUCUAGCUUCCAUAUCCCACCAGCAUCACUCAGCAUUUUCGACACACUCAGUGUCCUAUUCUGGGUCCCAGUUUAUGAUAGAAUGAUCGUCCCAUUUGUCAGAAAAUUCACGGGUCACAAGAAUGGCUUCACUCAACUCCAGCGAAUGGGCAUAGGCCUCUUCAUAUCUAUAUUUUCCAUGCUAGUUGCUGGGAUUUUGGAGCUCAUUAGACUUGGAAUGGUAAGAAGGCACAACUACUAUGAACUCAAGGAAAUGCCCUUGUCGAUAUUUUGGCAAGUUCCACAGUACUUUCUCAUAGGGUGCGCGGAGGUUUUCACAUUCAUUGGACAAUUGGAGUUCUUCUAUGACCAAGCGCCUGAUGCCAUGAGAAGUUUGUGUUCUGCUCUCUCGCUCACCACUGUUGCGCUUGGAAACUACACAAGCUCUUUACUCGUGACCAUUGUUACGUCAAUUAGUACUAAGAAUGGGAAGCUUGGUUGGAUACCGGACAAUCUGAAUUAUGGUCACGUCCAUUACUUCUUCUGGCUCUUGGUUGUGCUGAGUGUGUUGAAUUUAGGAGCUUUUCUCUUGGUAGCAAAAUGGUACACAUAUAAAAGGGCGUUGGGCACACUUCGUUAAUGGCAACAAGAGGCGAUUGACACCAUGUAAGCAAGUUGUUUCUUCACUUUUCUGAAUUGCUUCUUUUCUGAUAAUGGUGGUUCAAGAACUUGUAAAUUCAGCGCUUUUCAAAUGUCAGUUGCUUUACUGUAUACGAAUAAUAUGUCAAGAAACAACUAAAGUGAAAAUGCAAAGUUUGGACACAUUGCAACUAGUAGUUUGUUUACCAUAUACAUUGUAUUUCAAGCCAUAAUACAUUUUGGAACAAGUGAUAUAAAUUCUUCAUCAAAUUUGGUUAA